UUGCGGUCGCGGCUGCGGCUGACGGGCGGUGUGCUGCUGGUGCUGCUGCUGGCGGUGGCGGCCCGGGCCAUCCAUCUCCAGGCCUUCGACGGCGAGAGGUUGGCGCGACUGGGUGAGAAACAGCACAUCCAGGAGAGAAUCGUCGUACCCAAACGCGGCACCAUCCUGAGCCGCAAUGGAGACUCGUUGGCCAUCAGUAUCGAGUCCCACUCCGUGUACGUGAGGCCCCGGCGGCUGAAGCCGUCCGCGAAGAUCGUGCCGUCGGUCGCCCGCGCCCUGAACCUGAAGCCGGCGGAAGUACGCCGCAAGAUCACGUCCGACCAGCCUUUCGUGUGGCUCAAGCGCCAGGUGACGCCGCGUGAGGUCCAACGUGUUCGGGCCCUGAAGAUCGAGGGGAUCGGAUUGUCCCACGAGCCGAAACGCUACUACCCGCAGGGUCAUCUUGCCGGACAGGCGCUGGGUCUGGUGGGACAGGACGCGCAAGGACUGGAAGGAGUCGAGCGGAGCUACGACCGGCACAUACGCGGCAAGACCCGCUCUUCGCCGGUGGGACGGGACGCGUUGGGACGCCGUUUCGUGGUGACCGGUCUGGAGGACCUCAAGAUCCGGCCCGGGGCAGACGUGCACUUGACCCUCGACACGACGCUGCAGCACCUGGCCGAAAAGCACCUGGAGGCGACGGUGAAACGGUUUCGCGCCAAGGGCGGCACCGUGGUGAUGGCGGACCCCUUCACCGGUGCGGUUCUGGCGCUGGCCAGCUAUCCGUUUUUCAAUCCCAACCAGUUCCGCAGCCAGGACCGGGACCGGUGGCGCAUCCGCGCCAUUACCGACACCUACGAACCGGGCUCCGUCUUCAAGGCAGUGCUGGCCGCGGCCGCGCUGGAGGACGGCGUGGUGGGACGGGAAGACCUGAUUUUCUGUGAGUUCGGCCGCUAUCGGUACGGCGGCCGUACCAUUCACGAUUUCAAGGAAUACGGUUGGCUGUCCUUCGCGAAGGUGCUUCAGCUUUCCAGCAACAUCGGCGUGACCAAGGUGGCCGACAAGCUCGGAAAGGAACGGUAUCACCAUUACAUACGGAGGUUCGGCCUCGGCGAGAAGACCGGCAUCGAUCUUCCCGGUGAGGUGGUGGGCACGGUGCGGCCACCCAACCGGUGGCGUGCCAUCGACCUUGCCACGGCCUCUUUCGGGCAGUCCAUCUCGGUCACGCCCAUACAGAUGGUCAUGGCAUUCUCCGCCAUCGCCAACGGCGGCCUGCUCAUGCGGCCGCACCUGGUGGCGCGAGUGGUGGACGAAGACGGCAAGAUCCUCUUCCAGCACCGGCCGGAGCGGGUGCGGCGAGUGGUCUCCCGGGCCACGGCCCGGGCCGUGGCGGGCAUCCUGAAGGGCGUGGUGGCGGCGGGCGGCACCGGCAGGCGGGCCGCCCUGGCAGGGUUCGAAGCGGCGGGAAAGACCGGCACCUCCCAGAAGGCCGACACGGUCAAGGGCGGCUACUCCAAGACCAAGCGGGUGGCCUCGUUCGUCGGUUUCGUGCCCGCGGACGAGCCUCGUUUCGUGCUGCUGACCCUGGUGGACGAACCCACGGUCAACGUGUACGGCGGCGUGGUCGCGGCGCCCCUGUUCCGCCGGAUCGCGGCUCCCGCGCUGCACGCUCUUGGAGUGACUCCGAAUCCGCGGCUCCUGCCGGAGGUCCCGGCGGGAAGGGAUGGCGGCGUCAUCCGGGUGUCCCGGAAGGCCCCCGGGCGCCGCAAGUCGGCGCGCAACGGCGGCCGCCCGAGCCUCAUCGGCCUGAGCAUGCGGGAGGCCGUGGACAAGGCCAAGCGGCUCAAGUUCUCCGUGGUCCUCCGCGGCCACGGCUACGUGGUGGACCAGCGGGUCGAGAACGGCAGCGGCCGCCUGGUGUUGACGUUGAAGGAUUGA